UUCCCACUCAAUAUUUCACAUACACAACAUCCUAGUACGAUACUCUCAUCAUAUACACUGACUGACAGACAACAAACCCCCCAACAGACGGCCGGCCUUCAGACAAGAUUAGCUUCCCAAUCAAUCCACAGGACAAGUAAAGUAAAGUGACAGAAUUAUUAUAGAUGUGUAGAAACCCCCACUCAACCACCUUGACAGUCGAUUACACCCAUCCCUUCGUUCCCCGCACCAACCAUUUUUCAUCCCUCAGAUACCUCAUAACUCAGAUAAACCCCUUCGUCAGACUCGGCGCCCUAGUAAUGCUGCUCUUCCUCUUCGGAAUCUCAAUCACCCCAUCCAUAUUAUCAUUCGUAAACGUCCUCUUGCCCCUGAUGCUUCCAUACACGCUUCCCGCCACGCUGCUGCCCGCGCCGCCGCCGCCGCCGCCCAUAGCGGAGCCCUUCUCCAUCCUCAGGUUCUUCCACCCUUCGAGUUCGCGCUCCAGCCUCAGUGCCUUUUCUUUUUCCUCGCGCAGCUCGCGCUCGGCGCGGCGGGCCGACAGCUCGUUGGCGGAUUCCGACGAUUGCAGCUCGUCGAUGGUCUUGAGCAGCUUGUCGACCUUGUCGCGCAUGCGCCCCACGUCUUCUUGGAGUUGCGUGUUCUGCUUGUCCUUGCGGUCGAUCUGGGACUGCAGGUCUUUAACGAUGCGGUCGACGUUGCGGACGGAACGCUGGGAUUUGCUGCGCUCGGUUUCUUGCUCUUCGAGCUGGGAUUCAAGCUGGCGAGACGGGUUAGCUCUUGAUCUCUUGAAAGUGAUAACUUCGAAUAACUUACCUCCUUGAUCCGGCUGUGCAGGAACUUAAUAUCAUGGCUGGCA